AUGGAAAGAGACGAGGAAAAACUAUGCAGAUCUUGCAGAAGACUUGCAAGGUUUCUCUGUCAAGACUGCGAUUACUAUUUGUGUCGACUUUGUAAAAUCAGACACCUGAAAUACCGAUCUGCUGACGAACACUCUAUAGUUCAACUAAAGGGGCAGCGAGAUGAAACAAUAGACGAAAGAUGUCAGGUGCAUAAGGGGAAAUUUAUGGAACUAUUUUGCAAAAAAUGUUUACUACCAGUGUGUUCCACUUGUGUGACGGAGAAUCACAACGGACACAUUUUUGGAAGCUUUUCCGACAUUUAUGUUACGGCUGUGGAGUUUAUAAAAGAAAAAAUAUCCAAAAUAAGGAAAGAACUUUUGCCAAAGUGUGCGGCAACGCUACAAGAACUACAGAAAAAAGAGCGUACGGUUAAAACACAGAUACAGAGACUGAACGAGACAGUCAACGAGUAUGAAGAAAGUCUUAAUGAUAACCCAACAGAGCUGAUUUCAUUUUACAGAGCUUGUACAGCAGACGAUGAGAACAUAUCACUGCCUGAUAUCCAAACUCCAAAAGAAAAGAUGAAGCUUCAAAAACUGUACAGAACAAGCCAUCUUGAUCAAUAUAUCCGCUUUACAAAUGCAGUCCAAAACAGACCGCCAAACUCGACCUACUCGAGUCCUAGACCAGGGCGCUUGGACGAUAGUACGGUGGUUAACAAUGAGAUAACAGUUCCAGUUGUCAAAAGUGCCCACCACAUAUCCUGCACGGAAGAUGGUCACGUCUGGGUCAGCGAUAAUCUGGGCACUCUGGUUCUGAUGGACAUCCAAGGAAAUAGUUUGAAGAAACUAACGACCAGUGGAGGGGACGAGGGCUUCCAUUCCGUGACGACCAAAGGCGAGCUGAUCUACUCCGACAAAGCUAACAAAUGUGUGAGAAAAGUCACAACCAACAAUGAAGUCCAAACAGUCUUGAAGACGGGUUUCUGGAAACCAACAUGUGUUUUUUCGUCACCCAAAAACAUGGACAUAUUUGUUGGAAUGGUCUCCGACCAAAACGCAAAAAUCGGACGCUUUGACAGAAAAGGCAAUCCUCUCUUCGACAUCCAUACGGACAGCAGGGGUGAAGCGUUGCUGAAGUACCCACUCUACUUGACCGAAAACAAAAACUCCGACAUCUGCAUUUCCGACGUCAACAAGCACGCUGUCGUUGUUUUGGAUAAGAUGGGCCAACACCGCUUUUCCUACAAAGGGGGUGACAACGGAGGUUUCUGGCCCCAUGGAAUAAGCACUGACGACCAGGGGCACAUUCUGAUCUGCAAUUCGUACUAUUCCAAUCCCUCCGUACAGAUGAUUGACGAAAAUGGAGUCUUCCUGUACGUCAUUCUUGCUCAGAAGCAUGGAUUGAGAAAACCCCGGGGUCUGUGCGUGGACAAUCAGCAGCGUUUGUGGGUGGGGCAGUGGCACGAGAAUAAGGUCUGCGUGUACAAGAUAACGGUUUAA